AUAUUUACUAUAUAUUAUACACACAUAUAGUGAACAACCAAAUAAUGCUCAGCACAAGUGUUUGGCGAAAAAUCAUCUCAUAAUUCAAUUUCAACGACUGUUUCUUCCGUCUCUUCGCUAGAAGUAGUGAAACACAAGUAAAACAACAAAAAACAUAACUUUAUAUUUCUUGGAUUCAGUGAAUGAUUGACAGACAAUGAAGACAUCGCUGACCACAACAACAACCAGAAGAAUGUAUCGACAAUUAUCGCUCACAACUCUCACCAUAAUUAUCGUAAUCAUUCAGAUGAACAGUAAUGACAAUUCCUAUGUGUUGUGCGAUUUCACUUACGGCUAUGAGACCGACGACUUUACUUUGGCCAUCAUUAACCUCACGUAUACCGACCCCCACACCGGUGUCCAGCACUCCGAGUAUGAAGAGUAUGGCAAGUACUCCAUCGGACGGAUCGGAUCCGUCAGCGGAAGAAUGACGGGCGCGGGUGGGUUUGUGACCGGAAAUAUGAGCUACACAACUCUGGUCCACGUGUCGAGCAAUGGGCGUCAGACACACGACGCGUGUGAGCCGAUAGACGCGGACAUAUACCCUCCGGAGCCGUGGAUAGCGUUGGCUCAAUACGGCAAUUGUCGCGAUUCAGUCAAACUCAAGAAUAUCGCCGCCACUAACGCCUCGGCCGCUAUCAUCUACAACAACCGGGCCGGCACUCGGCUCAUCAAAAUGCACCACAAAGCUGUAUAUUAA